CUUAGUCAUUCUCACAAAAUUGAUGAAAAACGUCAUAAUAUAAGAUUAUACAUUAAAUCAUUAAAAGACGACGUACAAAGUCUCCGACGCGAUAUAGAAACAUAGCAGUAACUAAAUUACUCGACGUUGAGAUGGACGUAAUACUAACUUGUGUUGUUUUAUUUUUUGUUUCUCUCUUUAUUUAUUAUUUAAAAUAUUUUAAUGAGUGUUCAAAAUUAAAAGGGAUCGAUGGACCGAAAGUUUUACCAUUCAUUGGAAAUGCAUUAGAUUUAAGUUCACCAACAAAAAUCGUCAAAUCUCUUCUAAAAUUUCAUAAACAAUUUAAAGGGAAGAACUAUCGAAUUUUUAUCGGGUCACAGCCGUACGUUAUAAUGAGCGAACCAAAGCACCUUGAAAAAGUCUUAAGUUCGUCGAUUCCACUGAAAAAGUCACGACCUUAUGAUUUUUUAUAUAAUUGGCUUGGUUCUGGACUUCUUACUUCAUAUGGUAAAAAAUGGGCUAAAAAUAGAAAAAUCAUAACACCAGCAUUUCAUUUCAAAAUCUUAGAAGAUUUCGUUCAAACCUUCAACACAUCUCACGAUCGAUUAAUUUCAAAGUUAUCGAAAGAAGUAGGAAAUGAGGGUUUCGAUGUUUAUCCGCAUAUAGCAAGAUGUGCUCUUGAUGUUAUUUGUGAAACCGCAAUGGGAACUUGUGUAAACGCCCAAGAAGAUAUAAAUUCUGAAUAUGUAAAAACGGUCGAAAAAAUGGGAUUACUUGUAAUUAGACGUUCGUUUUCGCCAAUUCUCCAAAUUGAUACGAUGUUUAAGUAUUUUUCGUCGGAUGCAAUUAAUGAAAGGAAAUAUUUGGAAAUUUUACACGGGUAUACAAGAAAAAUCAUCAAAUCGAGACGUUUGGAAUUAUAUUCGAACGAUAAGAUAAAUUCUAAUGGAAAUGAUCGCGAUGAUUUUGGAAUUAAAAAGAAACGAGCUUUCCUCGAUUUAUUAUUAGAAUAUCAAAUGGGAGAUCCGUCGUUUACCGAUGAAGAUAUUCGCGAAGAAGUUGAUACCUUUACUUUUGAGGGUCACGAAACAACAGCUUCAACGAUUGCCUUUUCGAUACACUCUUUAGCAAUGAAUCCUAAAAUCCAACAAAAAGCUUUCAAAGAAGUCGAAGAAAUCCUCAAAGACGAUCCCAAAAGGCAUUUUACGUUUACAGAUCUUCAAGAAAUGAAAUAUAUGGAGAUGAUUAUCAAAGAAGCACUUCGUUUGUACACAACAGUUCCGCUUUAUGGGCGCCAAUUAACUGAAGAUUUUAAAAUGGAUGAUAUUACUCUUCCAAAAGGAAUUAUGUUAACGAUUUACGCAAUGGGAAUUCAUCGCAACCCGGAAUAUUUUAAGGAUCCUGAAGUUUUUGACCCGGAAAGAUUUUCACCUGAAAAUACUAAGGGGAGAUCGCCUUUUUGUUUUAUACCAUUCAGCGCUGGACCAAGAAACUGCAUCGGGCAAAAAUUUGCUAUGUUAGAAGUUAAAGCGACUUUAGCAAAUUUACUCAGAAACUUCGUCAUUCUUCCAGUAAAUCAAAACCAAGAUGUUAUACUGAGAAACGAUUUGGUUCUUAAAUCAGAUAACGGGAUCUGGAUUAAAUUAGAGAAACGUCUUUAAAUCUUAUUAAUAAAAAUAAAUUUUGACAACGUCAUGUUGUCAUCUUUACUUUUUCUA